AUGGAGGACAAACAAAGACUUCACGCGUACCGCUUUGUCGCAUACUCGGCCGUCACCUUCUCGGUGGUCGCCGUGCUUUCGCUCUGCAUCACAUUGCCAAUGGUCUACAACUAUGUGAGCGGAAUCAAGCACCAAAUCAACCACGAGAUCGCUUUCUGCAAGCACUCGGCCAGAGACAUCUUCGCCGAGGUCAACCACAUCCGUGCCUCGCCAAAGAACGCCACCAGAUUCGCCCGUCAGGCCGGAUAUGAGGUUGACGCUCCAGUCAGCGGCGGAAGCCAGGUUCAAGGAGGAGGUGGUUCCUGCUCGGGAUGCUGCCUCCCAGGACCAGCUGGACCAGCUGGAACUCCAGGAAAGCCAGGACGUCCAGGAAAGCCAGGAGCGGCCGGACUCCCAGGAAACCCAGGAAGACCACCAGCGCAGCCAUGCGAGCCAAUCACCCCACCACCAUGCAAGCCAUGCCCACAGGGACCACCAGGACCACCAGGACCACCAGGACCAGCCGGAGACGCCGGAGCCCCAGGACAGCCAGGACAAGGAUCGGGAGCUGGAGCCCCAGGACCAGCCGGACCAAAGGGAGCCCCAGGACCAGCUGGACAGCCAGGACAGCCAGGAGCCCCAGGACAGCCAGGACAAGAUGCCCAGAGCGAGCAGACCCCAGGAGCCCCAGGACCAGCUGGACCACAAGGACCACCAGGACCAGCCGGAGCCCCAGGACAGCCAGGAGGCCCAGGACAGCCAGGAGCCCCAGGACCAAAGGGACCAUCUGGAGCCCCAGGACAGCCAGGAGCCGAUGGAAACCCAGGAGCCCCAGGACAGCCAGGACAGCCAGGAGGUGCUGGAGAGAAGGGAAUCUGCCCCAAGUACUGCGCCAUCGAUGGUGGAGUCUUCUUCGAGGAUGGAACCCGCAGAAAGUAA